AUGUUCCGUUUGCCCACACAUCUCGAGACUCUUGUUCCGCCGCCGGACGAACAGGUGCCCCAAUCGCAGCCGUGGCGCGGCACGUUCGUUCUCCCCGCGUCCUCGCCCUCGUCGCACUUACCACCCCAGCCGCGCGAGAUCAGCGUCACUGCCGCGGAGACCGAGAACGAUAAUAGCCAGCAGGAACACUGGCCGAAGCAGUUUCAUCUGCAGCUCGUCCGGCGCGGCGGGCUCUUGCGUGAGGUGCACGCGUGGCUUGCCCAGCUUCAGCCUGGGGCGCUCUCGCGCUGCAUGAUCAUGCCCGACCGCAUGGGCGACGCUGCACAGACGCGCGAGAACCAUACGCUAUUCGAGGCGCUCGCGCGCCAGCUGCUCGAGGAAGGUAUCGUCGCGAUCGCCCCGUGGAGCAUUAACCAGCCAUCAUCGCCCGGAGGGCUCCUGCUCUAUCCCACCAGCACCACGCGGGCGCUGCUCGUCGGCAUCGUCUUCAUGAACAUUCCGUUCCCCGAGUUCAUC